AUGUUAUCAAAAGGAUGUCAACGUCAUCAUGCACUCUUAAAAACAUCAAAAUUUUCAGAUCAAUCAAAACAAUCGACUUCAGGUACUUUAUCACCUGAUACAAUAGCCACAACAUCAAGCGGCUAUUCAACAGGUGAUUCGUCGAUUUCGACAACAAUGAUUUCAAUUUCAAAAAAAACAUCGUCAUCUUCAAUAACCUGUAAUCAACACAAAACAAAAGCAAAGGGUAAGCAAUAA